AUGCUCGAUCUUGGCCGAUCACGUGCAUCUUCGAACGCUUCAAACACAUCAAGUUCUGCGUAUUCUGCGCUAUCCGCACGAUCGUCAGGGCAUAGCAGGACUAGUUCUACUUCAACGACAGCUUCAUCUACUUCGUCUGUUGGCUCGGUAAAGCGAGGUCGCCAUUUAAAGGCGCUGUCUGAUGGCUUUCAAGUCACACGACGUCUGCAGAAGAAGCAGUCGUCGCAGCAAGUGCCUCAACGCCAAAGCGAUCCUAUGCCAGCACCAACAUCAAUGCUCCGACCAGUAACAAUUCUUGGACCAGAGCGCAUUGUAGAUGUCCAGCAAGCAGAUCUGCUUGUGCGAUGUCGAGACGACGAUUACCAUGUCGACCGCUCAAUCAUGUGCCACCAUAGCAACUGGUUUGCCAAAGUGUACUCAAAAGCCAACUAUUCAAAGAUGUCGAAACGUGUCGUAGACCUGAGUGCGGAUGACCCGGGAGCUGUGGCGGCAAUGAUUCAGUACUGUUAUCAGCUGGACUAUGGCGACACACGGACAAACUCAAACUCAUCACUCUAUAGCAUAGUGGCAUUGCGACCUCACCUUGACACAUAUCUACUCGCAGAACGAUAUGGUAUGCCAGGUUUGCAGAAGCUUGCAGUGCAAAAGUACGAGAAGCUAGCUGUGGCGGUGUUGACAGCAGUAGGCGACGAAGAGGAAUUCGUUCGAUCUAUUCAAGACCUUUAUACGCCCUCACGAAGGACAAGAGCAGAUGAGCUGCGGCGCUUAUCGGUGAAGCUCUGCGCAGACCAUCUUGGCAGUGCUGUCUUGGGCAUCGGGAAAGAGGUGUCGGGCAUUAUCGCGUUGAUGGACGAAGUCCCCGAAUUCAGAUCAGACCUUUUUGAAGAGCUCGCGAAGCGAUGGAAGUAA